CACAGAGAGAGAGAGAGAGAGAGAGAGAGAGACAGCCAGACAGACAGAGAGCAAAAGACAGUGUGUGUGACAAAAAUAUCUCAGUAGCCAGCACUGGAGAAAUUAAAGACAAAAAAAUGAGCGGGUUUGUUUGGAGUCUUUUCUGCGCUUUCCAGCCACUGGCAGAUACAAAUGAAUCUCUGGAGCCUCACUAUUAAACAGCUCGCGUCGAGCUGAGCUGCAUUCGAGGGAGCUGCUGGAAAGUGGGGGCAAAAAGAAAAGGCACACACAUAUACAGAACACACCUUGCAUCUCUCCAGGAGCAGCUGAAGAUGUAUCAGCAAGCUUGGGCAUCGAGGGGAAGUGGACGGGCAAGAACAAGGAGUCUGGAAGCUAGAGGAUCGCCGUCACAGAGCUAAUGCCUCUCCAACGACAAAGAUCUCCCUGACCAAACAACAAUGCGAAGGCUCCUUUUGGGCUGCCUGCUGGUUGGGGGCUUGGCAGCAUUGGCCAAUGCCUGCCCCUUCCACUGCGUGUGCCAGAACCUGUCGGACUCGCUCAGCACGCUGUGCGCCAACAAGGGGCUGCUGUUUGUGCCGGUGAACAUUGACCGGCGCACGGUGGAGUUGCGGCUGGCUGACAACUUCAUCCGGGCGGUGGGGCAGCGGGACUUUGUCAACAUGUCGGGCCUGGUGGACCUCACCCUGUCCCGCAACACUAUCGGCUCCAUCCAGCCGUUUGCUUUCGCCGACCUGGAGAGCCUGCGCUCGCUGCACCUGGACGGUAACCGGCUCACCAGGCUGCAGGACCACAAUCUGAGCGGCAUGGUCAACCUGCAGCACCUCAUCAUCAACAACAACCAGCUGGUCAGUAUCGGCGCCACUGCCUUCGACGACUUCCUGCUCACCCUGGAGGACCUGGACCUGUCGUUCAACAACCUGCAGCAGGUACCCUGGCAGGCGGUCCGCGCCAUGGUCAACCUCCACACCCUCAACCUGGACCACAACCUCAUCGAGCACAUGGUGGCAGGCACCUUCCAACAGCUGGUCAAGCUGGCGCGGCUUGACAUGACGUCCAACCGGCUGCGCACGCUGCCACCCGACCCACUCUUCUCGCGCUCCCAGGCCACGCCGCUGGCCCUUCCUUCCACCUCCACCGCCUCCUCUGUCGCCGCGGUGGCGCUCAGCUUUGGCGGCAACCCCCUGCACUGCAACUGCGAGCUGCUCUGGCUCCGGCGCCUGACCCGCCACAACGACCUGGAGACGUGCGCUGCCCCUGCCCACCUGGCGGGCAGGUACUUCUGGUCGGUGCCGGAGGAGGAGUUCAUCUGCGAACCGCCGCUGAUCACCCGCCACACCCACCGGGUCUGGAUCCUCGAGGGGCAGCGGGCCACCCUCAAGUGCCGGGCCGUGGGCGACCCGGAGCCCACCAUCCACUGGGUGUCGCCAGGGGACAAGAUCGUGGUCAACUCGUCGCGGGUCACCUCCUACCGCAACGGCACCCUGGACAUCCUGGUGGCCACCGUGGCCGACGACGGGCCUUACGCCUGCUUCGCCACCAAUGCCGCUGGUGAGUCCAGCGCCCUGGCCGACCUCAAGAUCAUCCCGCUGCCCCACGGGGGCAACGGCUCAGCCCGCGCCCCCCACCGCCGGCCCGGCUCCUCGGACAUCACCACCUCCAACAGGCCACCCAGGCGCCGCCCGGAGGAUCAGCAGGAGGAGGAGGAGGAGGAGGAUGAGGAGACGGACGGGGAAGAGGGGGAGAUGGAGGAGGAAAUCGUGGCGGUGCUAGAUGUAACAGACACCAGCGCUUUGGUCCAUUGGCCAACUGCCGGCUCCCCGCGUCGCGUGUGGAUGUAUCAGAUCCAGUACAACUCCUCGGUGGAUGAGACGUUGGUGUACAGGAUCGUGCCAUCCAAUAACCGGGCCUUCACCCUCCGGAACCUGGCGCCGGGAGCGGAGUACGAUCUGUGCGUCCUGGCCAUCUAUGGAGACACCGAGACCCAGUUGGCCGCUACCCGGGUGCUGGGUUGCACCCGCUUCGGCACCAAGGAGGAGGAGUACCCUCACUGCCGCCUGCUGAGGGCCCACUUCCUGGGAGGCACCCUGAGCGUGGCGGUGGGUGGCGCUGUCAUGGUGGCCCUGCUGGUCUUUGGUGUGGCUGCCCUGCUCAAGCUCAGGGGCUAUGGUGGGCGUCACAUGCCCAAGGUCAGCGACGUCUACUCCCAGACCAAUGGCGCUGCUCCACGGCUGGUGGAUCUCGGGGUACGGGAGAGGGCCAAGGCACCGCGGAGGAAGACCAAGCCCAGGGCGCGGGCGAGGGGGCACCAGACGGAGUCUGCGACAACGCCCCUGCCCCCUGCCCCCUUGCCCAAAGCCAGCCGCAGUUGCUCCUUUGACCUGGGCUCCUCAUCCUCCACUGCCCGGCGCGGCUAUGCCAAGCGCCUCAGCGUCGUCUGGACUAGGAGGAGCCGGUCGGUGCAUGGCACGCUGCUGCGGUACGCUGAGACCGGUGUCGCGGUAGGACGGGGAGAGGAAGGAAUCUUCGGCGGCUCCCAGGAGCUGGAGGAGAGCAUCGUCUGAACGGACAGUGAGAGAGAGAGAGAGCGGGGGAGCGCCGACCGGCGGGCAAUCAAAUCCCACCCGCCCCCUACCGCUGCAAACACUGCCGCUGGCAAUGAGGAGGGUGGGAAGCAAGUGCUUCGAACGUAGACUGAGGAGAACGAUUCAAAAAGGACCUCAGGGGGUCAACCUUUUCACAAAGAGAGUGGAGCUGCCAGAGGAAGUGGUGGAGGCUGGUACAAUUACAACAUUUGAAAGACAUUUGGAUGGGCGCAUGGAUAGGAACGGUUUGAAAUGAUAUGUGCUAAAUACUGGCAAAUGGGGCUAGUUCAGUUGGGAUACCUGGUCGGCAUGGACAAGUUGGGCCGAAGGGCCUGUUUUGGUGCUGUAGGACUCUAUGGCCCUCGUUACCGACUUGGCACCAGUGUCAACCCGUUGGGAGUCAUCAGUGCGAUGGGAGGUUUGUGGUUUUGGACUCUGGAGGUGGGAGGGGCAAUAGGGAGCAGGGUGUAAGGGCUGGGAGAGUGUCAGACUCCCCGGCUCCACGUAUCUUGGCCAGACUCAGCAACGUUCCAUCAGCAAGACUUUCUGUGGCAGGGUUGGGGAGGAGCGUGGUUGACGAGAAACCUCUCAUUCCACGCAUGCACCCCUCUGCCCUUUCCCGCGCCAGGUGUCCCAGGGAUUUUGAGGGGUGGGAGCUGGACUGUACAGUGAAAGGGGUCAGAGACUUUGGUUGGGAAGGGAGGGGAUGGUGCUGGAUGUAUGAAGGGGUGGCGCCAGCUCCCAACUGGAAUGUAAAGCUCACUGGUAAUACCUUCGCACCGCACUCCCCCACCUGUAACAACACGAGGCACUCUUUGUUAUUUGAAUGUCAAAUUCUGAUGUGCUGUUUUCACAUUCAUCUAUUCAGUCUGAUUUCUAUUCGUUCGCCAAAGUUACCUAUGUACACGUUGACUGGAAGUAACACAGA